AUGGAAGAACAGCCCGAAUCAAUAAUUAAGGAUCCACUUCAUAGAGAUGUUGAAGAAGGGCAGCUGUACUGGGAUAAAAAUACAAUAUCAAGUGUGAUGAAACAUUAUGCAAUCCGUGAGAAAUUUCAAUUUAAGAUGAAAAGAUCAUCAUCAUCAAGGUACUAUCUUAAGUGUAUCAAUCAGAGAUGCAAUUGGACUUUUAGAUCUUCAAGUCAACAAAAUUCAGAAGUUUUCAUGGUGACAAAAUUUGCCAAUGAUCAUACCUGUCCAAUUGCGGACAGAAUGCUUUCACAACGGCAUGCUACUUCUUUAACCAUUGCUAAAAUGAUGAAGCACAACUUUUUAAAUCUUAAGUCAACAUACACUCCAGCAGAGAUCAUGGAAGAAAUGAGAAACUUGUAUGGAAUUAGAAUAAACUACAAAAAAACAUAUAGAGCCAAAUACAAAGCACUUGAGCUGGUCAGAGAUUUCUUGCGUGAAUCUUAUGCUAAAUUGCCAGCUUACCUAUACAUGGGCUGGAGAUAUUGUAUGCCUACCAUUAUUGUUGAUGGAACAUUUCUGAAAUCGGCAUACAAGGGAACAAUGUUGUCUGCUAGUGUACUGGAUGCAGCAGCAUAUGCUGUUGUUGAUUUUGAAAAUGAUACUUCGUGGGAAUGGUUUUUUCAUAUGUUUAACACUGCUGUUGGUGAAAGAGAAGGUAUGUGCAUAGUAUCUGAUAGGCAUUACAGCAUAUUAAAAGCUGUUGCACUUGUACAUCCAAAUGUAGCUCACUGUAUAUGUAUCUACCAUCUAUGGAAUAACAUCAAGGGUAGAUUUAAGAAGAAUCAAAAGCAACUAAAGGGGAUCUUCUUUACAAUGACCAGAACGUACAUAAAGGCAGACUUUGAUCAACUUAUGGAAGACAUAAACAAAAUCGAUAAUAGGGUGAAGGAAUAUCUGUUUGAUAUAGGCUAUGAAAAAUGGUCCAUAGCUCAUGCCCAUGUCAACAGGUCGAUGUUCAUGACUUCAAACAUAGCAGAGUCCUUAAAUUCAGCAAAUAGAGAUGCAAGAGACCUACCAAUUAAAAAAUUCCUAUAG